AUGAAGAACCACAGUGUUAUCUCUGAGUUCAUCCUCCUCGGGCUGUCUGCUGACCCCCAGAUCCAGGCUCUGCUCUUUGUGCUGUUCUUUGUUAUUUACCUGCUGACCCUGAUGGGGAACCUGAUGCUGCUGCUGGUGAUCGGGUUUGAUUCCCAUCUUCACAUCCCCAUGUACUUUUUCCUGGGACAGUUGUCCUUCCUCGAUCUCUGCCACUCCUCUGUCACUGUGCCCAAGCUAUUGGAGAAUCUCCUGUCUGAGAAGAAAGCUGUCUCAGUGGAGGGCUGCCUGGCUCAGGUCUUCUUCCUGUUUGCCACUGGGGGCACCGAAUCCUGCCUCCUCUCUGUGAUGGCCUAUGACCGUUACGUUGCCAUCAGUUCUCCUCUGCUCUACAGCCAGGUGAUGAACAGACAGCUGUGUGUGGGGCUGGUGUGGGGCUCCUGGGGCUUGGCUUUUCUGGAUGCCCUCAUCAAUAUCCUUGUAGCUCUCAAUUUAGACUUCUGUGAGGCUCAGACUAUCCACCACUUCUGCUGUGAGCUGCCCUCUCUCUACCCUUUGUCCUGCUCUGACGUGACUGCAAGUUUUACUGCCCUGCUCUGCUCCAGCAUCCUACAUUUCUUUGGAAAUUUUCUCCUGGUGUUUUUCUCCUAUGUUCGCAUUUUGUCCACCAUCCUGAGCAUCAGCUCCACCACGAGCAGAAGCAAGGCCUUCUCCACCUGCUCCUCCCACCUCACUGCAGUGAUCUUCUUUUAUGGCUCAGGAUUCCUCCGCUAUCUCAUGCCAAAUUCAGAAUCUACUCAAGAGUUAAUCUUCUCCUUGCAGUACAGUGUGAUCACCCCCAUGCUGAAUCCUCUCAUCUACAGCCUGAAAAACAAGGAGGUGAAGGCAGCUGUCAAAAGGGUGUUGAGAAAAUAUUUCUAG